CGCGUGCGUAUUAUAGCUAUGACUUUCAAUCAGUCGCUCAUUGCAAAUGGCUGAAAACACAAGUAGUUUCGGAGCGAUCGCCAAGUGCUUGAAUUACGAGUUCAUGUGAGUAGUUUUGUGCGUAUCUGUUUGGGUGGAUUUGUGCUGGACGCUCGAGAACGACGAAAUUUGGUCCAACUGGACCGUAAACAUUUUUCCGAAAUUAGUUUUUAAGGGAGUUUUUCGCACUAGUGUCAAAACAAAUGUCAAACAUGCACCUCGAUGCGGUAGUAGCGGUGGCGAUGACGACAUCGGCACUUGUACCGGAUGAGCAUCAAUAACAACAGAAAUAACAACACGAACGUCAGCAGCAACGCUGGGAAUACAAUAACGUGCGGCAGCGGAGGUGGAUGCGAGACUACCUAUGUGCAUAAGUGACUCCGAAUUUGUGUUGUUAUCGCCGGCGAUAGUAGUUUCACGACGCGCCCUCCGUGGCGGCGGCCGCACCAGCAGAUAAUAUAUCGCUUUACCACUAUAUACAUAACACACAAACACACACGCACAAAUAUAUAUCUAUAGAUAUACUGGUACAUUGGUACGUACACACAAAUAUACACGUACGGAUACGAGCGCAUACAAACGUUCAGAUACGCAAAUAUCUGUAGGUGAUACGUAAAAAAUAAUACGUAUUAUUUGUGACAUAUACUCGUCGUGGCAUUGUAAUUGGGCUCUUGAUCGGACGCCCUCGUCGACUAUUAUUCGGGCGGCGGUGCCUGCGGUGCCUGCGGUGUUGGACUGUUAAAUUCAACUUUGCCGAAACUACCUGGCCAUCGUUCGUUUGUCAUUUUAACAAAAACUGCAUCAUGUCGGGUUAUCGGCGAGUGAAUUAUUAUGAGCUCUGCCGGUUAUGCACCAGCAGUGAUGGUCUCAAAGUCAACAUUUUCAACGAGGAGGGACGCAAAAGGGAACUUCACUCCAAAAUACAGGCUUAUCUGCCAGUUGAGAUCUUGGAUAAUGAUUCGCUGCCUAAAAUCGUUUGUAUGGAAUGCAUAAAAAAACUAGAUAAUUAUAUUAACUUCAGAGAAGCUGUAGUUUCUGCAGAAAGCAUGCUGGAAUCUUUUUUAGCUUCUAUACGUUUUACUGAAGAUUUUAUGAAAGAGGGUAAAGUUUAUGUUAAAACAGAAAAACCAUCUAUUAGUGAUGACAAUGAAAGUUCUAUCAAUAAUGUAGACAAGGUAGCUCCAGCAACUACCCAGAUCAUCACUGAUCAAACUCAAUCACACCCUCAACAAGUUCUGGUUAGUAACAUAAAUACUCCUAACUUACAAAUUAUCAGUGGAGCUAGAGUACAACAAUACAAAUGUGAAAUGCAGAUGCAAUCUGGAAAUGUAUCUACAGCUGUUGUGGAAACAACAGCUGAAACUCAUUAUAGUUAUCAGCAUCAGUCAUCUCAACCACUAUCCAAUUCACAGCAAAAUCAAAAUCAGAAUCAAAUUGUAGAACAACAAACACCACAGCAGCAAACUCCACAAAUGCAAGUUCAGGGCCAAAUUCAGAGCCAAAAUCAAAUUACUCAACAACAGGUACAAACAUUGAGGCAACUGCAGCAACAGUCUCAGCAGCCAUCAAAUCAAGCUAGUCAAGUUGUUCAUCAAACUCAUGAACAAUCUCAAAUUAAUCAGCAAUUGCAACAAUUACAAAGACAGCAAAGACAUUUGCAACAAAUUGAAAAACAACAGCAGCAGCAACAGCAGCAACAACAACAACAACAACAGCAGCAGCAGCAGCAGCAACAACAGCAACAACAACAACAGCAACAGCAGCAACAACAACAACAGCAGCAGCAACAACAGCAACAACAACAACAACAACAACAACAACAACAACAACAACAACAACAACAACAACAACAACAACAACAACAACAACAACAGCAUCAACAGCAUCAACAUAUUCACAUUACUGAACAAGGUGGAGUUCAUCGUAACAUUAUUUUGAAGACUGAAGAUGUAAAUGAACAACAUCAACAACAGCAAGCUCAACUCCAAAUUGAAGUUGCCAAAGCUAAUGAGGUUGUUGUUAAUCAACAAAAUCAACAAACAUUUACAACAGUUCAAGCUACUCCUGAAGUUUUAUUCAGUCUUGGAUUUAAAGAUGCUUUAACAGCACAAGUAACACGAGAAGAAGUAAAAGAUCUUAAAGAAUUUGUAAAAGCAGAUGAUGCUUUGACUCGUGGAACCAUAGGUCCUAUUUCAGAAUUUCUACGCCUACGACCAGCUGGAGAACAGCAAAUAGUUACUGUUAAUCCUCAAGCCAUAUCUCAUAGAUCAUAUGUUUGUCGCGAUUGUGGAAAAACAUUUAAUUCUAUUAGUCAGUUGAAUAUCCAUGAUUGUACAAAUGUUCUACUCAGCGAUGUAGCGGAUAUCACAACAAAUACAAAUACUAUACCAGCUAAAAAAGAUGAAUCAAACUUGAAUCAGAUAAAUAGUAAUACAAAUAAUAGUGGCAAUGGUAGUUCAAGUACCGUAGUUACCAAUACAAACACAAUGAGUCCGUUUAGCUGUGAUGUUUGCAGUAAACCUUUCAAACGCAAAGAGCAUUUAUUUCAGCAUCGCAAACUUCAUACCGGUGAACGACCAUACGUAUGUUCUAGUUGUUCUAAGGCAUUCAGUCGUAAAGAGCAUUUGGUACGCCAUUCAGUUUCGCACACAGGCGCUAAACACCAUGAAUGCGAGGUUUGCGGUAAAUGCUUUUCACGAAAAGAUAAUUUGCAUAAGCAUCGGAAAACCCACGGGGUCUCAGGACCUUUCAUUUGCGAGCAUUGUGGCAAAUCAUUUGUUGUUAAACAUUACUACUUGAUGCAUGUAACAACCCAUGCAAAUCAAGCGAACGUCGAUGGAAAUGGUGGCAAUGGUGUUAAUAAUUGUAUAACAGAUCCUCUACCUUAUAAGUGCAAUAUUUGCCAGAAAUCUUUUGCAGUCAAGCAACAUCUCACUACUCAUAAACUCAGACAUAAGCCUAAAUCACAAAACAAUAAUGCUGUUCAUCAGCAGCAACAACAACAGCAACAGCAACAACAACAGCAACAACAACAACAACAACAACAACAACAGCAACAACAACAACAACAACAACAACAACAACAACAACAGCAAAUCAUACAAACCAAUGAAAUCACUGUAACAAGAGAUAUUACUAGUGUUAGUCUGGGCAAUGGAGUUGUAGGAACUCCUGCAAAUCAAUCGGUUAUUGAAAUACAAAACGUAGUUGAGAGAGUUGAACAACAGCAACAAUUACAAACAGAUAGCUUUGGUACUAACCAUUAUCAGGGCAAUGUUUCUCAAUUUCAAUGAGAUAAGGGGAAACGUGUCUAUUAUGUUCUCUUGCCAAAUGGUAACAAUCAUAAAAUUGUUGUCGUUUAAGUGCUACUAUGAGAAAAUUUAAAUAGAUACGUGUUAUCCCCUUCAAUCACCUCGGAAAAUAAACACUAAUGUUUCAUCCAAAUUUUCAUUCAAACUCUUUUUUGUUUGAUGAAUAGACAUAAGUCUGAAAGAAUGAAUUUGUAUAAAUUUAAUCAUUAAAAAUGAAGUAUCGUAUAUUAUUUUAGAUGUUCGUGUAUAGUUUACAUACCAAGAUAUAUAUUUAUGAACUAGAGUUUUUUUAAUUUUAUAAUAUGAUAUUUGACAUGAAAAAAUCAAAAGAGUACAUUAACUCAUCUUUGAUUACUUGCAAUUAAAUAAAAAGAUGAAAUAUAUAUAAAUUUAUUUGGUUAAAUUUGAUUUACUAACAUCUCAGACAAAAGAUAUUCUUGUAUAUCGUUUAUCCUUGUCGUUAGGCCAGUGAUUUUGAAUUUUUACAAUGAUUAAAAUAUACGCAAUGUUUUUAAUGAUAGACCCUUAUUCAUUAUAAAAAUCAAAAUCAAUGACUGAUCAAUUUUGUUAAGGUAAAGAGUGUAAUAUUUUGUUACAGCAAUGAUAAUUCAAUAAUGAUUGAAAAUAUUCACGUUCUUCAUUACAAGCAUUUUUGAUACUUACAUAUUUGUGCAUAAAUUCUAUUUGUAAAAUAAAUGAACAUUAUACGAAAUAUAUAAAUGUAUCUUUUUAAAUUCAUUCAUUUGGAUGCUUUUUACACUAAAUCAAAAUGGCUGAAAUUUAUUGAAUUUUAUUUUAAAUAAAAAAAUCAAGAUUAAACUAUAACAGUUAUAAACAAUGUACUUUAAUGUACCAAGUGUUUUAUACACAAUAAUCGUGUAAAACUAUCUUUUUAAAAAAAUGUAUCAUAAAUAUAUCAAAUUGAUAGUAUAAAAGUUUUCCUAAAUUUGGAAGUGUUGAAAUCAGAAACAACCGCCUACAUUUUGAUGAUUUGCUUAGUUGAUGAGAAAUAAAGAUGAAUUUGAGUCAAGAAUUUCACACGCCCAUAAGAAAUGUACAUUUUUUACGACAGAUUAUAUAGAGAAUUGUAUACAGUAUAUAAAAAAUUGAAUAAUUAUAUAAAACAAAUUAUUGUAACAUAGACAUUUUUCGUUUCUUCUAGAUUUGUGAAAUUCAUGAUUACAAAUAUUCUACAUUCCCAAGGUCUAUAGAAGAAAUAGUUAAUAGUUUGUGAAACUAAAAACUAGACACAUAGCUGGUGCUAUAUGAUAUUGUAAUAUAUUUGCUCCAGUGAGAAAUGACACAGUAUCAUUAAUUGAGUUUUGAUGUGAUCAACUCAUGCAAAAAAUCAAACCAAGUCUUCUGUGAAAACAUUUUUCAAAGCUCCUUUUAUAUGUUUAUGAUUGACUGAAAAUGAAUGAUAAUUGUAAAGUAAAAAAAUGUGCAAAUAUUGAAUUUAAGAAAGGAAAGAAGAAUAAAUUUGAUUUACAGUAAAAAACAAAAAUUAUAGUUUCCACAGGUACCCAAAAAUGAAAAUUUGAAUAUAUUAUCUUAGAUAAAAUUAUCACUUAAAUAGCAAGUAUUUCAGAAUAAAAAACUUAAGUGUUUUAUUUUGAAAUAUUUUAUUUUAGUGAUGAGUAAAUCAAAAAGAUGAAUCAGAGUGACUUUACUACAAAUAAAAGUAUUUAACAUUACAUAAAACCUGCAUUUCAAAUGUUGUAGUGAAUUAUGGAUAGCUUGGUAAAACAUGCAAGACAGUAUCUCUGUAUAAGAUAUUUACAAUUAAGCCUUUUAAAUUGUUAAUUGUAGGUACUCGUUACAAAGUUCUUGAGUUUUUCCUAAAAAUUAUACUUUUGAAAUUUCGUUUCACAUGAACAUUAAAUUCAAAUUAUACGUUUUUGAACUAGGAAAUCGAAUGAAUCUCAUUGAGUGAAAUUCGAUAGAUAAGUUAACGUUGCUCGGUUGCAACCGCAACGAAAAUGAUCAUUAUAAAAUUUCCACGAUCAACAAAUAUAUGACGAAUAUAUUUCUAGCUUUUCUACUUGAUAUUAUAAUACGCAUAAAAUAUCGUAUUAUCAUAUGAAAAUGUAGAAAUUUUAAUUUUAUUAUAUAUACACGUUUGGAGAACUUUAAUUUACCAUUUAGCUACACUAUUCAUGAGUUUUAAAAUUAUAAAUAUUGUAAUAAGAUUUAUGACAGUCACUCUCAAUUCCGAAGUAGAAAAUGAAAUUUUCCGCUGAGAGUCAAGAAAGAUACAAGUAGUGGUAUCCUAUAUCAAAGUAAAAUUAUUCUAAAUAAUGAAUGUUAAAUUCAAGCUUUGAAGUUAUAAUACAUUUUUCUCAUUGUAUUCCGACAAAAAGAGAAUGCAAGAAAAACGGUAUCAUGUUCCCUGCAUUGAGAAAUUAAAAAACAAAAAACAUGAAUAACAAAAUUAAAGCUUAUUCACAUCGAUGACGUUAGUAAAAAUAAAAUUAUAAAACUCAAACGUCGACUUUGCUUACAUACCGAUUUUGCUUUGCAAUGCCAUAAAUGCAUGUACGUGCGAAUGAUUAUUCAAUUUAUUUUGAUUCUUAAACGGUCUCAAAUUUUUUUUUAGCAAAAUUGAUUCGAUAAAAAACAUAUAUAAUGAAUAUUUAUCGUUUUGUCUUACAUAUUUAGAUUCUAUAACAUACGAUAACCGUUUAAAAAUCGAAAUAAUAUAAGAAAAUUGAAUGUAUUGAACAUAAUGCUACGGAGUAGAAGUAACCUUACAUUUUUGUGUAAAUUAUUAUUAAUAAAACCAAAGAUUAAAGUAUAAAUACUAUGUAAUAUAUUGUAGUCAUGAAAUAGAUAAUAUAUAGAUUUAAUUCCAGAUAAA